AGUACGUCUCUGGCCUGGUAGCACGAGCGAGCAAGAGUAUAUAUAGGCUGCACCUCGAGUACAUUGUUCUUUGAUUUGAGCUGCGAGUUUGAGAAGCACAAUGGCCAGGCCGAGAGAGGGUGCUGUUUAUCGGCUUCAUCGUGCACUGGUAGUUCUCUGUGCACUGUGUUGGACAUCCUCUGCUAGGCUCGUGAUGGGUCAAACAGGGCAGUUGAGCGUGGAUGCCUCACCCCAGACUGCAAGGAAGAUCCCCGAUAAGAUGUUCGGCAUCUUUUUUGAGGAGAUCAACCAUGCUGGUGCUGGUGGGUUGUGGGCAGAGCUUGUAAGCAACAGAGGUUUUGAGGCCGGUGGGCCUAAUACACCGUCAAACAUCGACCCAUGGUUCAUAAUUGGGAAUGAAUCAAGCAUCAUCGUGGGAACCGAUCGGACAUCUUGUUUUGAACGUAACCCGGUUGCACUUCGAAUGGAAGUUCUUUGUGACUCUAAAGGAACUAAUGUCUGCCCAUCUGGAGGUGUUGGGGUCUAUAAUCCUGGUUACUGGGGCAUGAACAUUGAAAGAAGGAAGAGUUAUAAGGUGAGCCUGCACAUUAGGUCUUCAGAUGCAGUUUCCUUGUCCGUUUCUUUGAGAAGCUCCGACGGUCUGCAGAAACUUGCUUGUCACACCAUCACGGGUGGGAAGAAACAAUUCACCAACUGGACAAAAAUAGAGUUUCAUUUAAAAUCCAGCAUAAAUAACACCAAUUCAAGGCUUCAGUUUACAACCACUAAAACUGGGGUCCUUUGGCUCGAUCAAGUGUCAGUUAUGCCUUCGGACACUUACAUGGGACAUGGUUUUCGGAAGGAUCUUGCUUCUAUGUUGGCCGAUUUAAAGCCCAAAUUUCUCAAAUUUCCAGGGGGUAACUAUGCCAUGGGAAAUUAUCUGAGAAAUGCAUUUCAGUGGGGUGAAACUGUGGGUCCAUGGGAGGAAAGACCUGGCCACUUCAAUGAUGCUUGGGGAUACUGGACUGAUGAUGGGCUUGGAUUCUUUGAGUUCCUUCAGUUGGCUGAAGACCUUGGUGCUUCCCCUGUUUGGGUGGUUAAUGAUGGAGCAAGCGCUAAUGAAGAAGUUUCUACAGCAAGGAUUGCGUCACUGGUGAAGGAUGUUGUUGAUGGCAUCGAGUUUGCUAGGGGAGGACCCAAAACUACAUGGGGUUCAGUUCGUGCGGCAAUGGGACAUCCGCAACCCUUUAAGCUUGAUUACGUUGCAAUAGGGAAUCAAGAAUGCUGGAUGCUCUACUACAGAGGCAAUUACCAAAAGUUCUAUUCUGCAAUUAAAGCUUCCUACCCAGACAUCAACAUUGUAUCAAGUUGUGAUAAGUCAACUAUUUCACCAUCCAACCCUGCAGAUCUGUAUGAUGUUCAUGUCUAUGCAUCUUCUGCCAAUAUGUUUUCCAGAACUAGUAUGUUUGACAACACACCACGCAGUGGGCCAAAGGCAAUUGUUAGUGAGUACGCUGUGACAGGAAAUGAUGCUGGCAAAGGAACACUGGUAGCAGCACUAGCAGAAGCUGCGUUUCUAGUUGGAUUGGAAAAGAACAGUGAUGUGGUGGAGAUGGCGAGCUGCGCACCACUUUUCGUAAACGACAAUGAUCGCAGGUGGAGCCCAGAUGCCAUUGUAUUCAACUCAUGGCAGCACUACGGAUGCCCGAACUACUGGAUGCUACACUUCUUCAAGGACUCCAGUGGCGCAAACUUCCACCCCACAGCAAUGCAGAUCUCCAACUAUGAUCAGAUGGUUGCAUCUGCCAUUACUUGGCAGAAUCCUAAAGACAAAAGCACUUACCUGAAAAUAAAGGUCGUAAACUUCGGCAACAAAGGUGUGGAUCUCAACAUAACUAUUACCGGGCUGGGGAGCGCCAUCAAGAGCUCUGGUUCGAAGAAGACCGUGUUGACGUCCUCUGCGCCGCUCGACGAGAACUCCUUCCAACAGCCAGAGAAGGUGACUCCAGUUUCGAGUUCAUUGGCCGAUGCCAAGCAGCAGAUGGGCGUGUCAGUGAGCUCCUAUUCCCUCACAUCGUUCGAUCUCCUGCUGGAACCAAGCAAGCACUCGACCAUAUAAAGAAGAAAAUAGCUCAAGUGUUAGCUACAGCCUAUAGCUGAAGUCAGAUCAGUUGCCUCCCAUACGAAUAGGAAGGAAAGAACAGAAAACAAAUUAUUAAAUGUAUAGUAAAUAUUAGCCUGUGUGUAUGUACUGUAAUUCUGUAAACAAAGAUCAUGCUGCCAAGUCAGGAACUCGUCGCAAGGAUUGCUUGUGUUGCCAAAUGGUUCUACGAAGAGUCAUUUUAGAAUCCAAGCUCCAGAGAGCUCUGUUAAAAAGGAAAAUCAAA